ACUAUUUCAUUUGACCAUCUUCAUGCUUUCCCCAUCAUUUCCAUAAUCAUAAACCCUACUACUUCUCCUUCCUCCUCACUCUACUAGAUCACAGAUCUUCAUCACAGUUUGUGUCUCUUUGAAGAAUUAGAGCUUUGCAGAAUAAUUCAUCAAAUUUUUGAUGAAUAUGGAUACAGCUUGGAGUUCUAGUAUUUUCCGUAGGCAAUAGAAGAGUUCCAUUUCAAAGGAUUCAAACAUGAAUCAGAGUCGUACGCCGUCGUUUCAUUACCGGAAAUUAGAAUCCGACUCUCCUAGACAACCGUGGAGCGGCGAUUUUGAUUUCGACGGCAGCGAUCGGAGAUUCGCAUUUUCACGGCAGAGUUCGUUUCAGCAAUCGGCUGAGCAUCACACGCCGGCUUCCAUAUUAACGAACGAUUCCGCAAAGGCUUUGCUCACUCGGACUGUUUCUAGCAUUGAUAUACCUCCGAAUAUCUAUCCACAAGAUGCAUUUGGCAAGUUGCAGGAUUCGGAUGUGAAAUUUAGGGUUUCUACAUCUGCAUUAUCGGUUUUUCGAGGCGUGAUGUCUGGGAAUAAGCAGAUGAGGAGGUUAUUUAUGUUGAUUUCGCUUAAUGUAGCUUAUUCUACUGCGGAGUUGUGUAUUGGCCUUCUCUCUGGCCAAGUUGGGUUGGUGUCAGAUGCAUUUCAUUUGACCUUUGGUUGUGGCCUUUUGACAUUUUCAUUGUUUGCAAUGGCCGCUUCUAGAGAAAAGCCCGACCGCAUUUACACUUAUGGGUACAAAAGGCUCGAGGUCUUGUCUGCUUUCACUAAUGCUCUGUUCCUAUUGUUCUUGUCAUUCUCCUUGGCUGUGGAAGCACUUCAUGCAUUUAUACAAGAUGAAUCUGAGCACAAGCAUUACUUGAUUGUCUCUGCUGUCACAAACUUGCUGGUGAAUCUCAUUGGUGUUUUGUUCUUCAGGAACUAUGCACGUAUUAAUCUUGUCUAUAGAAAAGCUGAAGAUAUGAAUUAUCACGCUGUUUGCUUGCAUGUACUGGCUGAUUCAAUUCGCAGUGCAGGUCUGAUCCUGGCUUCCUGGCUGUUGACACUUGGAGUGAAGAAUGCUGAAGUCUUAUGUUUGGGACUAGUUUCCGCCAUAGUUUUUUUCCUCGUCAUGCCACUCUUCAGAGCUACUGGUGGCAUCUUGCUCCAAAUGGCACCCCCAAGGAUCCCGUCUUCAGCCUUGGGCAAAUGCUUGAGACAGGUUUCAUCUCGUGAAGAUGUUUCAGAAGUUUCUCAAGCUCGUUUUUGGGAACUGGUGCCUGGCCAUGUUAUUGGAUCAAUUUUAUUGCAGGUAAAGGAGGGAGUUGACGAUCGGCCUAUUUUGCAAUAUGUGCAUGAAUUAUACCAUGAAUUAGGGAUACAGGACUUGACCGUACAAAUUGAUUAUACAUGAUCAUCAUCUUGUUUUCUUAAAAAGUACUUGGAAAGAUGCAAUUUACUGAUGGUAUCUUUUUGGUCAAGUAAUUGGUGCAUUCAUUGUCAGCGUGAGAGAACUUUAACCUCUAAGCUGCAACGGUAGUAAAAUGAAGACCUUGUGCUAAUGUACUUCAAUUUACAGUAGAAUGCGAAAAAUACAUCUUCAGUCAGGUGCUCGCUUUUUAUCAAUCAGGGCAACAAUCUUUCAAGGUGUGACAUCCCUCCUCAUUCUCCGAAGACUUCCUCUUUGAAGUAACUAAAAUAAAAUACGUCUUCAACCCGAUGGUGUUCUAUUAUUUCAAUUCCAAUAGUCUAACAUUCAGGAACUUUGUGGAGGUUCCUCAGAGUCUGCAGACAGAGCAUAUGAUUGUUAGACUCUGGCUUGGGCUACAAGUAGCGUAAGUUGGGGAAGCCGGGCAGAAUUACUUAUAGUUUCCUCUAGCUACUUACAAAUGAAGGUUAUUGCUGAUAUUAGUGGUGGAAUUGCAUCCCCUAACUGAACCUGUGAAAACAGUUCUCAUAUUGGGCCUUUGUGAUGGUUGAGAUGGCAGUAGUCCAAGCCUUACAUGAAAACACCUUCAGCUUACUCCCGAAAUUGUCUAUUUAAUAGAAUAUCCAUGAGCUUGAUGAUCCUUCCAAUCUUAUACACGUCUAGUUCGACUAUAAUUACUCUCAUAUUGGUUUCCAGGUUUCACUUUCAGGGAGCUUAAAACAUGAGCACACAUAGGCAUCGCAAAUCUCAAUGUUGAUAGGCCUAUGCAAAAAGUUAUCAGGAGCCGUGCAACCUGGAGUUCCAGCAAUCUCUUUAGUUUAGCCGUGAGUCUUUCCGCUCUAAACUGUGUUGGCUAAUUCAAUACCUCCGAACUAAGCACUAAAUGUUUAAGUUUGAGCAUUAUGUUACGGGCUAUGAUGUCCAUGUGAAGUGCUCUAUUCUCACACCAACAUACAGAUGAUGUCCA